AUGUACUGCUUUCGGCGCGAGCGCAUCAUUCACGCGAAGCAUACAUACGGCACCGAAGCAGCCAAAACAAUCGCUGGGCAUGUCGAAGGGUCAAAUGCGCACGAGCAUUAUGACACUGUAAACGUUGGCGAUAUAGACAUUCAAGCCUACAAUGCUUGUAGAGAAAGCAUGUCGCGCGAGGACGCACGAAAAAUGUUUCGUCAGGCGAACCAGUCGCUGUAUAACCAGACUUCUAGUCCUAAAGACUACCAAACCAAUCUGCGCAAAGAGACGGACGCCAGAGUUUUCGAUCGUGAGAGGACAAAUCCGGAGCUUGCUGCUUCAGCCCGCUGUGUAGGAGAUGAGGGGGCUGUUGAAGGACAAGUCGGCCAGUGGAGGCAUUACCGCAACUCGGGCGGUGCACCGAAAGCCGUGAACGAGGACGCUAAGAAAGCUCGCAAGGAGAUAGACCUCGUCACAAACAAGAGACUAGCUGCGGUCAAUAGUCUGCUGAGAGAGAAUGACAGUGGUGCUGUCGUUGAUGAGGGUGUCGACGAGCGAUCUGAUCUCAACAUCGAUCCAGACCAGGUUGAAGAAGAUGAGGCUAUUAGGAACCCGAAAGGCGAACCAGGUGCCUGGAAGUUCUUCGAAGACAACGAAGAAGUUGUCGUGAUCGGAGUCGGACACGAAGGUCAAGACCAAAAAGAAGCCAAAGGCAGGGUUGCUAACGAUGCACUUGAUGCUCGGAAAGCUUUCUUACUGCAACACAUUGCAGCCAACGAGUGCCCUACCUCGGGCCUCACGUGCAUCUUGGAUCCGAGCUCCACUGCAAAGGCGAGAAGCAAGAAGUGGAACAGGGCGCAACUGCACAAGCAUCUCAGGUCGAAGGCCCACUCCUGCUGA